UUCUCGUGUCGUUGCCGGUUGUGCAGCGAGCUGUCCUUGCACGCCUGCGGCCUAGAUGUGAUCCACUCGGUCUCGCGUUGUCCCCAUUCAGCCUAGGUUUCCCAACGCUUUGCGCUUUGCAAGUACCUACGCCAAGACGAUUUCCAAGAUGGCAUUUUGGAAGAAACUUAUGUCGAAGGCCAAGAGCAAUGGCACGAUAGGAGGCAUGGAGUUGCACAAACAUAACUACAGGAAAGACUUUCUAGUGAAGAAGAACAGCGUACUGGGCGAAGGAAUGUCGGGAAAAGUCAGAGAAUGCGUUUCUGUGCUGACAUCGGAAAAAUUUGCUGUGAAGAUUAUGGCGGAUACUCCGGAGUCCAGGGCCGAAAUCGAACUGCAACUACUGAGUGCUCACCCACUGGUGGCGAAAAUUCACAGUGUCUAUGCCAAUGUGAUCGAGAAGAGACCGAAGCUGGUAGUGAUCAUGGAGUGUAUCGAAGGCGGCGACCUGUUCGAUCGAAUUCUGCGCAGAAAGAAGCAACCGUUGACGGAGAAGCGAGUGAUCGAGCUAACAAGAGAUAUUCUGACAGCUGUUGCACACUUGCAUUCGCUCAAUAUUGCACAUCGCGAUGUAAAACCAGAGAAUAUCAUAUUGACGGACAAAACCGACGAGGCCAAGAUCAAGCUCAUUGAUUUCGGUUUUGCCAAGACCUGCGUGGGCUCUCAGUCUCUGGAGACACCGUGCUACACACCGUACUACGCAGCGCCGGAGAUCUUUGGCACGAACGGCUAUGACAAGUCCUGCGAUGCCUGGUCUAUUGGCGUGGUGGUUUACAUUAUGAUGAGUGGCUACCCACCGUUCAGUGCAUCCAAGAGAGAGAAGCGCCAUGGUCUGACUCGCGGUAUGCGUACGCGUAUACAGGAAGCCGAUUAUGAGUUCCCAGACAAAGAGUGGAAGCACGUCUCGAGCGAGUGCCAGAAUUUCAUCCGUGCAUUGCUGACCAGCGACACAGAGCGGCGUAUGACUGUUACCGAUGCUUUGCAGCACAAGUGGCUAAGUCAGAACCCAACGAUUGAUGAGGUGUGUUCUCAGCCAGCAGCGAUGCACGCGACUGCUCAGCCAUUGCACUCAGUAAUACUGGAGGAUUGCGAGUCUACUGGCAGUGCAAGCGACAGUGAAGCUGCUACAGUCAAGUCCACUAGCUCCAUCAGGUCUGCAGACUCUGCCAUUGAUACAGGCACCGAGAUCAAACCGAUGGCGGUAAUCCUGACCAAGAACCCUAUGCUUGCGCGGAGAAAGGCUAAACGUGAUAGCGUGCGCUCAAUUGUGAGACAAACUGAUGGAGAAUCUAGCGACACCCAGUCAAGCCAUGACAACCAGCCGUCACCAACUUUGAAGGUGAUGACACGCCCAUGCUCUUCGGUAGCGUCAGAUGAAGGUAUUGCUUCGUCAUCAUCCGUGGAACUGGAUGACGAUACUGUACCAUCGCCUGGCAGUAUUGACAGGGAGCUGUCCGAAAACGCCAUCGAACGUCACACCGAUGGUCAACUGUCGUCAGAUUUGAAGAUUGCGCCAUUGCGACUGACCUCGCCUAAAUCAUUCGCGAAGCACACCGCUAGCAUGGAGGAUGCAGCUUAUGACUCUGGCCUAUCAAGCACGUACCGCACAUCAUUGGAAUAUGACACCAGAUCAGCGUUCUUUCUGUAAUCAUCAACUCUGGCCAAACGAAGCUUCAUGGAAUCGAACGUGCUAACUCUGAACUAUUUGAAUUAUACACUCCAGUUUAUUUAAUCACCCCUUUUCAGCUUUCAAAUUGUGUGCUUAUUUCUAGUGGCUUGUUGUCCAUUUUGUCAAACUUAGUAUAAAAAAUAUUCCGUUUACUGGCCAAUACUAUUUUAUUAAUUAUCCGAAUCCAACACAGCGUUGGCAACUGAGACUUGACUCCAGUAUUCUAUGUUCCAUUUUCACAUCCCAAACCUUUGCCACUGCUGUAAUGAUCCUCCACCAUUAAUUUAUUCUAUUAUAUUUGUGGACAUUCAAUUUUUUUAAAGUUCCAAAGCCAAUGCCAUGUUUGAAGGUACUUUAUGAAUAACAAUACUACUUAUGAAAUGUAAAGCCUAGGAAACCUA